CUCACGGUAGGAUCCGGUGUGUGGUCAGCCAGCGCUCGGCCAGAAAAUGCUGCAGGUACUUUCUGAGAAAACGGAUAGAAUCCUCGCUUCCGCUCAUCCAAUGUCCGUUCGUUCUCGAGGAGGCCAUGUGAUGAACAAUGUAGUAAUGCAUGAGGUGAGCAAACAAACUAGAUGCAAUAAGUCUGCAAACUUCCUGCUUAACAGCGUACAUGCUUCACGGCGUAAGUCAUGACCAUCGCAGCAAAUGUUGAGUAGGACAGACAGGACAUUUCCGGGUCACAUGUCUCCGCUAUCAUUGUUGAUGGAUUGAGAGGGU